UCCAGAGUGUUUUCAAGAUUGAAGCUACCGCCCGCAUUUACCCAGGCUAGAGAUGAUCAUGGGGAAAAUAGAUUACGGCUCGCUGAUAUUUUGAGACGCUGAAAAAAUCGAUUGUUGGUAUUGUCACGUAUUCAAAGCAUGUGAGAUCCCACAAGUUAGGUCAGUAAUUUAAAGGGGAGAGGAGGGCCCCAACAAGGAGCUGAAAUAAGCUGCAUGUAAGGGAUAAGAGUGUUUUUUCCUGCGCUCUGUCAACUCAUUAUUUGGUAACAGAGGUGGAACGUAUGAUUGCAGCGCAGCGGGGAGUCCUGCCCACAGAUCCGUGGGUGAAGCACACAUUCACCGGGAAAGUCUCCUCCACCGCAUCUAUAGACGCACAGGAGAGAGAAGCUGCUGCUCCCUGUAGCUGCUUUCAGCCUCCUUCUACAAACAAGAUUCAUAGCCAAAGACAUGAGGGGGGAACAUCUCAUUUUAGGCUUAGGUAGGAAACCAACAGGGAAAAAAAUAAUUUCCCCCCUCAUUUACACGUUUUAGAAUCGGCUGCGUAAAAACCAACAUCUGUUGUUAAAAAAAAUCCCUUUCUUGUCCCUCGGAGGGGAAAUUAGUCUGUGGGUUUGACCCCUCCCUUAAGGAGCUGGGUGCUGGUGCAGUGGGCGGCGCACAGGGAGCAACCUGUGGUUGAAGGGUCUUCCUCAGGGACCCACAGUGACCAGUUUUGAACCGGCGACCUUUGCAGCCUCUCCAGAAGGCAAACUCUUCCUAGCCACUAGAGCAGGGCUCCCUGAAAGGUCCGAGCAUUUCCUCCGCAGUUCCGUUCACAGCUCCUGCCAGUCUUACUGCCUGUACGGGCGAGGCAUUGCUAGCGUUGCCUUCAGCGGCAGAAGGCUGCGUCUGAAGUCACAAACAGGUACGAUGACACACCAACAAACUGCUUAUUCCUUUUGCUCAUGCAUAUUCUUCUCUUUUUAAUUUAUUUAAUGGCUUUGCCUUUAUCAGACAGUUGGGCUUUAUUUAGCCAAACCUAACUCAGUAAUUGCUCAGAAAAGCAAUUCUAGUCACUCUCUUAAAGAAUAACGACAUUUUUAAUCAAUCUGUCCCCUCGCAGAUUGCCACAUGAAACAAAGUCAUCUGUUGUUUUGCAAAGGAAAAUCUGAAAUGAUGAAUGUAUCCCGCUGUUUUAGACCCCCGGGUAGUUUAAUAUGGUUGAAGAAUGGCAGUUUUCCACAGUGUCUGUGUGCGUUUUCAUGCAUCCAGCGAAUUAAGCUCAGAUUGUACUCAUCCUAAUAACUCUGUCAGCUUCACAUGUUAAUUUGUCCCUCCCGGCCCCCCCGCUGCUAAUGUGAGCCUCAUUUAGCGGACAGCGUUGUUUAUCUGUGUGCAAUGCUAACUGCUUUAUUCAGUAGAACUGUGCAACGGAUUGUCUCUUAUGUUGUUGUUUUUUUUUCUUUGUUUCUGUGUUUGUUUGUGUUCUGCAUGCUAAUCUUGGCUUAAUCCGGACUUGUGCUUUUUGCAACAGCUGGCUACGCUGCAGAAGGAGAAGUCAGAGAUCCUGAAGAACCUGGCUCUCUACUACUUUACCUUUGUCGACGUCAUGGAAUUCAAGGACCACGUGUGUGAGCUGCUGAACACGAUUGAUGCCUGCCAAGUCUUCUUUGACAUUACCGUGAACUUUGACCUGACCAAGAACUAUCUGGACCUGGUGGUGACAUACACUACUCUGAUGAUAAUCCUCUCCCGCAUAGAGGAGAGGAAGGCCAUUAUAGGACUGUACAACUACGCCCACGAGAUGACCCACGGGUCCAGUGACAGAGAAUACCCCAGGCUGGGUCAGAUGAUCGUCGACUACGAGAAUCCUUUGAAGAAGAUGAUGGAGGAGUUUGUCCCACAUGGAAAGUCGCUGUCGGACGCGUUGAUCAGCCUUCAGAUGGUCUAUCCCAGGAGGAAUCUGUCCGCCGACCAGUGGAGGAACGCCCAGCUGCUCUCUCUGAUCUCUGCUCCCUCCACAAUGCUCAACCCUGCUCAGUCAGACACUAUGCCUUGUGAAUACCUGUCAUUGGACGCCAUGGAGAAAUGGAUCGUGUUCGGCUUCAUCCUGUGCCACGCGGCGCUGAACAGCGACGCGGCGGCGCUGUCUCUGUGGAAGCUGGCUCUGCAGAGCUCCACCUGCCUCUGCCUGUUCAGGGACGAGGUCUUCCACAUCCACAAGGCCGCAGAAGACCUGUUCGUCAACAUCAGAGGGUAUAACAAACGCAUCAAUGACAUCAGAGAGUGCAAAGAACAGGCGCUGUCUCACGCAGGCUCCAUGCACAGAGAGAGGCGCAAGUUCCUCCGAUCAGCUCUGAAGGAGCUGGCGACCGUUUUAGCCGACCAGCCCGGACUUCUAGGCCCAAAGGCAUUGUUCGUGUUCAUGGCGUUGUCGUUCGCUCGAGACGAGAUCAUCUGGCUGCUACGGCACGCAGACAACAUCCAGAAGAAAAGCACCGACGAUUUCAUAGACAAGCACAUUGCAGAGUUGAUCUUCUACAUGGAGGAGCUCCGAGCUCACGUCAGGAAAUACGGCCCUGUGAUGCAGCGCUACUACGUCCAGUACCUGUCCGGCUUUGAUGCCGUCGUUCUGAACGAGAUGGUGCAGAACCUGUCAGUUUGUCCGGAGGAUGAAUCCAUAAUCAUGUCUUCGUUCGUCAACACCAUGACCUCUCUGAGCGUCAAACAAGUGGAAGACGGAGAUGUGUUUGACUUCAGGGGGAUGAGACUGGACUGGUUCAGACUGCAGGCUUACACCAGUGUCUCCAAAGCGAGUCUCGGCAUAGCCGACCACAAGGAGCUCGGCAAAAUGAUGAACACCAUCAUCUUCCACACAAAGAUGGUGGAUUCCCUGGUGGAGAUGUUGGUGGAGACGUCAGACCUGUCCAUCUUCUGUUUCUACAGCCGCGCAUUUGAGAAAAUGUUCCAGCAGUGUUUGGAGCUUCCCUCCCAAAGCCGCCACUCCAUCUGCUUCCCUCUGCUCUGCGCGCACUUCAUGUCCUGCACACAUGAGCUCUGUCCUGAAGAGGUGAGAGAGCUGGGGAGCUGCACACCCGGCUCACGUCACCACAUAGGGGACCGGAGCCUGUCGCUGUGCAACAUGUUCCUGGACGAGAUGGCCAAGCAGGCCAGAAACCUGAUCACUGACAUCUGCACGGAGCAGUGCACCCUCAGCGACCAGCUGCUGCCGAAGCACUGCGCUAAAACCAUCAGCCAGGCCGUGAACAAGAAGAGCAAGAAGGCGACAGGAAAGAAGGGCGAGCCGGAGAGGGAGAAACCCGGAGUGGAGAGCAUGAGGAAGAACCGGCUAAUGGUCACCAAUCUGGAUAAACUGCACACAGCGCUGUCAGAGCUCUGCUUCUCCAUCAACUACGUUCCCAACCUGGCGGUGUGGGAGCACACGUUCACACCGAGAGAGUACCUCACCUCGCACCUGGAGAUCCGAUUCACCAAGUCCAUAGUGGGGAUGACCAUGUACAACCAGGCCACCCAGGAGAUCGCCAAGCCCAGCGAGCUGCUGACCAGCGUGCGAGCUUACAUGACGGUGCUGCAGUCCAUAGAGAACUACGUCACCAUCGACAUCACCCGAGUGUUCAACAACGUCCUCCUGCAGCAGACGCAGCACCUGGACAGCCACGGGGAGCCCACCAUCACCAGCCUCUACACAAACUGGUACCUGGAAACACUGCUCCGCCAGGUCAGCAACGGACACAUCGCCUACUUCCCCGCCAUGAAGGCCUUCGUCAACCUGCCCACUGAGAACGAGCUGACCUUCAACGCCGAGGAAUACUCAGACAUCUCAGAGAUGCGUUCGCUGUCUGAGUUGCUGGGGCCGUACGGGAUGAAGUUCCUCAGCGAGAGCCUGAUGUGGCACAUCUCGUCGCAGGUUGCUGAGCUAAAGAAACUGGUGGUGGAAAACAUGGAGGUGUUGACCCAGAUGAGGACCAGCUUUGACAAACCAGACCACAUGGCUGCGCUCUUCAAGAAACUCACCUCUGUGGACAGCGUUCUGAAGAGGAUGACCAUCAUUGGCGUCAUUUUAUCCUUCCGCUCUCUCGCUCAGGAAGCUUUGAGAGAUGUGUUGUCUUGUCACAUCCCCUUCCUGGUCAGUUCGGUGGAGGACUUCAAGGACCACAUCCCCCGGGAGACGGACAUGAAGGUGGCCAUGAACGUCUACGAGCUGUCCUCGGCCGCCGGCUUACCCUGCGAGAUCGACCCGGCCCUGGUGGUGGCGCUGUCCUCCCAGAAGAGCGAGAACAUCAGUCCAGAGGAGGAGUAUAAAAUCGCCUGUCUGCUGAUGGUGUUCGUGGCCGUUUCCCUGCCAACGCUGGCCAGCAAUGUGAUGUCGCAGUACAGCCCCGCCAUUGAGGGCCACUGCAACAACAUCCACUGUUUGGCCAAAGCCAUCAAUCAGAUUGCUGCGGCUCUCUUCACCAUCCACAAGGGAAGCAUAGAGGACCGCCUGAAGGAGUUCCUGGCUCUGGCCUCAUCCAGCCUCCUGAAGAUCGGCCAGGAGACGGACAAGAUGACCACACGAAACAGAGAGUCUGUUUACCUGCUGCUGGACAUGAUUGUGCAGGAGUCUCCCUUCCUGACCAUGGACCUGCUGGAGUCCUGCUUCCCUUACGUCCUGCUGCGAAACGCCUACCACGCCGUCUACAAACAGAGCCUCAGCGCCAGCGCAUAGACGCAGCCCAGGCGCUCAGAUGUACAUACAAACACUACAGCUACACACUAAUCCAUCAAGGCCUCAGCUGACUUCUCUGACCAACCAACCAACACUAUCCACACGUAAACAAAAAGCUUAACACACUACAGAAGCCCCUAAUUACUUUAACCAACACACACACGCACACAUCCAGCUGGAAAAACUGGGGGAUCAGUGUCUUUAUUUCUAUCAUUGUUUUCCAUGACGUUGCCAGGGACCAUGACCACUGCAACACUUAUUAUAUGAGGUUUUAAUGAACAAAAAUAUAAAGAUUAUAGUAUAUAUAUAAAGCUGACACUGAACUAUUCCUUUUUGUUCUUAUUUUAAUAGACGUUUUGAGAUUUCUAUUGUCCAGCUGAAACUUCUCUGGUGAUUCGGAUGCUUACUUUUGGGAAUGCAAUGGUUGUGACGUGCUGUGGGGUUCUUCUAACUUUGUGUCGUGGAGGACAGCGGGCGCAGGGCCCAGAGACAUGUUCCACACUGACAGGCAUCCCGAGCCGAUACCAUGCUACUUACCUAACAAUCUUCCUACAUGUCAUGGCAUAAAAACUCACAUUUGUAUAACACGGUGAUGCUUUUUUUGUUUGUUUUUUUUCUUUUUUUCUAGGUAGUCGUAACGAGCUGUUUGUGGGUAAAGAUAUGCUGUCUGUAUUCUACUUUGAUGUGACCUGAACCUGUCUGUUUUUAAUGUUUCCGUUUUGUUCUUUUUAUGAUGACGACAAUGAUGACCAUUUGCCAAAUGUGUGACACUAAAAACUUGUGUAUGAGGGCUCGGAGGCGCUGCGGUGUUCAUUAAUGGUGUGCGACGGCAUUUUCAGCGCGACUGUGCGGCAGCUUUGUUAACAGGAACAAAAGAGCCGAGCUUUCUCUGAGGGAACGGUUCUCCCCCCCCCCCCCCCCCAGCGGUUCCCUCUUCUGACCGUCUACGGCCUUCGAAUCGAGGCCCUCGUCAGAGCAGAUUCGGGGGUUCUCCUCAUCCCACUUGUACACUCUUGAAGCUGAAAGGCAUUUGAAGCAGCCGCUGUCUAAAGCUGACCAUCCACACUCCGAGGUUUUAUUAAUCUGUUGUGCUUAACUUUAUCGAGAGGAAGGGAAUCGGACCGGUUCCUCUGCUGAAAAGCGACUCCGUCGUUCUCCAUCUCUGACCUGUGAAACUCUACAAAAACCUGGAGCUGCGAUCAGACAAAAAUAAAUAUAUAUAUGUAAACAC